AUGCCUGCUCCUCAAACUCAGAAAAAUCCCCAGACACCGAGUACUGCACCACACAGGCCAGAUACCACAAGUCCAACAAACCCACCAUCAGGACCUCGAGGCUAUGUUCCACUAGCCAGAGGGUCUUCUUUUAGUUCUCGUGGUGGAAGAGGUGGAUGGAACCAACCCCCACCUCGUCAUUUGUCUGGUCCAACAGCAUCAGCAGCGCCAAGUGGCCCUUCUAAUAUUCCUACUGGCCCUCGAGCUGCUUCUUCAAAUGGAGCUGGUACGGCGGCGCCUCCUGCUCAACGGCCAUUCAACCCACCAACGGGUCCCUCGGCCCAACACGGAAAUGGACCAAGACAUAGCCUCGCUCAGAGUCUACUAGCUACGAUGCCUCCCCUUGUUCCAGGCGGGAAAACGGACCCUACCAUGACGCCCUUGUUAAUCGGCGUCACCAAAGAGAUCGAGCCUCAUUAUCGAAAGCUGAGAGAUGAAGAGGAAAAAUUGCGAGAGGAGCUACGACUGAAACAAGAGCGUCUCCGAAGGAGUUUGUACGCAUGGAACAGGCUUGAGCGAGAUGCCCGCGCGUGGGAGAUGAGGAGUGACCUAAGUGAGAAGAGCAUGAAGAAUUUAGCUGGCGAGGGGAUUGGCGGUGCGGCCUUUUAA